GGGGUCGUAUGCAGUUCGGUCUCGCUCCUCGCCUUGCUUGCUUGUCUCGGAUCUCGUCUGGCCUUCGUCGCGGUCAGCUAUCGCCUUUGGUCCCUCGAGUCCUUGAGGCCCUCGCCCUUGCCCUUGCCCUCGCCCUGGUUUGUCCCCAAAGCCCUUUCUUCUCGUCUCGUGUCCGCUCCUUUCGUUGAGCGCAAGAGUUGUAGCCCCGAGCGCCUAGCGGUUCGGAUGUCUCUCUUACUGCACAAGGCAGGACGAAAGUGAAAGAGAUCCCACCUUCUUUUUCCCACGGAAGCUCCUGCGCCCUCCCUUCCGGCCCGUGGCUUUUUCUCCUGACCUCCUCCGCGCUCCUCCCCUUGCUUCUGGAGAGGUGUAUUCUGAGCUUGCAUCCACUGCUCCACCUCCCCCCCGUCCCCCUCCAUAUCGCUCACACUCCCCCCCUUCUCUCUCUCUCUCUCUCUCUCUCUCUCUCUCUCUCUCUCUCUCUCUCUCUCUCUCUCUCUCUCUCUCUCUCUCUCUCUCUCUCUCUCUCUGAGUGCAUCAGACAAACUCACUGCCAUCGACAAAUAGCAACUGCUUCUGCUGCUGCUGGUGGCGCUGCCGGACCGAAGAUCUAUCAAUCAGAGCUGUUGGAGCAUCAUCUGCGAGGGGAGCGAGGAGGAGAGGAGAGGAGAGGCGCAAGGGAGUAAGGGAGUAAGGGAGUGGGGGAGGGAGGGGAGGAGACGAGAGGGCGACGCGGGGCGGACGAGGGAGGGCGGGCACCAUGAAUGCUUAGCGAUCGACAUGGCAACGUUGCUGAUGCGAGCGACAGAUGGAGCAAGCGCGGACAAGAAGCGCCGCGCGAGGAAAGGCAAGAAUGCGCAGAAGAAGCAGCCUCAGAGAGGGUUGGGGGUGGCGCAGCUGGAGAAGUUGCGGUUGCAGGAGCAGAGCCUUCUCUGCCCCACGUCGUCCUACUCGUUGCGCCUGUGCACGCCCCCGGAGCAUUCCAUGUCUCGAUGCGACGGCGAGGUCGCGCAGACCGUGCUGUCGCUGACCAAUGGGCAGGCCGCAGCCUCGAGCUUGCGAGACUCGGGCGUGUCCCGUCUGGCUCUGAGCGGCCACUCCAGCUCGCAAAGCUUGUCGACGCAAGGGAAAUGCAACGCCCACAACACGCACGAUCAUGCCGCCGUCGAUGCUAAACGAGUAGCUUCCAGGGCCUUAGCUUGCAUCAAUCAGUCGUCCAAAUUCUCGGCUGCCAAUGUGCCCUUCUUCUCCAGUGUGCUGGCCACGGCUCCUCUCCAGGUCUACGAUGCCCAAGGCCAAGGCCUCGACGACGACGACCGGCGAGUAGGGCAAGGCCUCGGCGAGCAUUCCACCUCCAACAACGCCUCCACCACUACCACCAACAACAACAACACCAACGCUCCGGUCUACAUCUUCUCGGCAAUCCACAAUCUGAAAGGAGCAGCAACUCCGGUCAACGACUCAGCUGGUUAUAAGCUUCAUCCGGUUUUCAAAGACGUAUCAAGGAUCCCGAUCACCAUAACUGAGCCUACACACUAUCUUGAAUCACUGCUAGGCUCGGAUGUGCCCCAUAUUCCAAGAAAGCGCAUCGAGUUGCCGGUGGUGGGAGUAACACCAAACGUCGACAAACCAAAGGAGCUCCCCUCAUUCCAAAGCCACCCGAGCAUUGAAGCUUGGACCUCUCCUGACAAGGAGUCGGGAAGAAAGCGGCCGUGGCUCGCCAUUCAGCAAGAGAAGGGGCGGCAAGCGAGCCAUGCACAGGCCUUGGACCUGAAUGCGCCCGCAGGCGAGAGCGAGAUGGGCCACAGCGAUCGCCAUUGCGCGUUCGGCAGCCCAGACAUGCUUUCCGACAAUCGGGGCGGGGCGGGGGCGCACUACACGACCGGCAUUGUCCGAAGCGCCCUCGGGAACUCGUGCCUGCCUCUGGUCAAGCUCAAGUCUUGCUCGUCCGUGUCGCCUUGGCACGACAGCGAGAGCCCAUCGUCGGCCAGCGGAUAUUUCCCCGACCUGGGGUCGUACCCGGAGAACGGACUGCUCUUCAAACAGUCCUGCCCCAGUCCGUCCAUGGCCAAAGACAGCUGCUCCAGUGCCACUGGGCCGACGAGCUAUCUCACUCUGAACAGGAAACGGUGCUUGAACGAUCCGGAAUCUCCGUCUCCCAUGGGCAAGGAGUCAAUUUGCAGCAGUAAUUUCCUCACCCUCGGGAUGUCGAGCUCUUUCCACUUGGCCGAAGGGUGGCACGAGCCCGAGGGGAGCACCCAAGACACGCUGAUGAGCAUGAGCGCCGACGGUUCCAGACUGAAGCAAAGCUCGAGCAGUGGCUGCGACGCUGACGAUGGCUCGCCAUUGCAGCUUCGAACUCCGCUUAGCGUCAAACAGGAAUCCGGAGCCGUUGACCUGGAGAAACACAAGAGUUUGAGAACCGGUUGUGCCGUUGAAAGCGAAAAUGUUCUCCCUCUCGGGUCUCCUCCGAGCAAUAAUUUCUCCGGGAAUCGGCCGCUCAAGUCUGCCCGAAUCCGAGACGAAGAUAUUCUGGACCUGAGGUUAAAACUUGCUCUAUAGUUCCAGCCUGCGCUCAUUUGAAAUAUUCCGAUUGGGAUUCCGCAGAGGAAUCAAAGCAAGAGAGAGGGAGAGAGGGAGAGGAGAGAGAAAAAAAAACGUGCCCUACUAGUUCCAAGAGCAUACGGCCUCGUCCAUGUAUUUCAAGAAGCUGAUUCCUUUGUACUGUGAAUAAGAGGAGGAGUCACCUUCGCAAUCGAGAGAUAGAUUUUGCGAACACUGUUGUGUACAUUUGAAAUUCAGGAGAUUAAGUGGAACUCGAUCCAAUUGCUUUCAUUGCGUACAAGGAAGAAAGGUUCGGCUCCACUGGCUCCCGGAUACCCGUGCUAGGUGCAUGUUCGGUCGUUUGACUUGAAUGUGUUGUUGCAGCUGUGUGUUGGUGAUCUCUUCGUUUGGAACACAGCACACACCUCAGCAGCAUGCUGGCACAAUGAUACAUUUACGCAUGAAUGGAUGGGCUUAAAGUAUCACUCGCAAGUCAACAAACGACCGCUUAGCGAACAGUGUUGUACCUGGGGAAGAUUCACAUAAAUAAAAAGUCUGAAAA